AUGUCUUCAUGGCAGCGUUUGUAUAACAGUCUGGGGAGAGGCCGAAGUUGCACUUGGCGCGAGCUAUACAUCUGCCGCGUCUGCGUCGUCCAGCUUGGCGCCUAUGCAUCGUGGGAACUGUCGGCGCGUCCGACCCCUGGCACGCUUCUGCUGCUUCUGGACUCUGCUGCUCCUGCUGCUCCUGCUGCACGGUAUGCCCGCGCUGCUCCUGCUGCACGACAUGCCCGUGCUGCUCCUGCUGCAGGUACGCUCCCUCUGCAAUUGCGUAAGCCAGAUGGACUUCACGAUAUAGAAGACCACCCAACGAUGUCCACUGACGGUCGCCGCAAGCCCUCCUCUCUUGUGCGCACGUUGUCGACCAUUCGACUGCCCUUUCGCUAUAUGCAUCGUCCGUCGUCGAGCGCUGCGGAUGAUGAUACUCCAGGCGGACCACCUCACGUUCGCGAGCAGCACAGUGUCGGCGCUCAGCGAUCGGUGAUCGUGCAGCCGGUUGCGCAGGCCCCUCAGCCCCCGCCGACCGUCACUAAUGACGCGCACAACCUUCAUCUCGACAAGGCAUUCGGUGUAGAUGCGCUUCUACAGCUGCCCGGUUUUCCACACACAACACAAGAUGCCAAAGACCUGCUUGCCAUCGCCUGCAGCAUUGUUGAGCAGCGCCGAAUCAGACGCCUCGAAUGUGUGGCGGCUGUCCAAAGUUUGUCUAUCGAGACCAGCCUCUGGCAGAAGCAGCUGCAACGGGCGGAUGAAGAGUUGCACCAGGCACAGUCCAAGAUCGAUGUUGUUCGCGCAGCGAUUCGUAGGAGCGGGUUUCCAAUCGGCUUCGCCCCGCCGCGGCAGUUCGAGGAAUCCUCUGUCGAUGAGAUUGGGUCUAAAUAUAAUGACGAGGAAUCCAUCGGCUCAGAUGAGUAG